AUGGCGGAGAGGAAGAGAAGAGAGAAGCUCAAUCAACGGUUUAUCGAACUUUCAGGACUCAUCCCCGGCCUGAAAAAGCUUGACAAGGCAUCUUUGAUUGAAGACGCAAUUAAUUAUAUCAAAGAACUUGAAAAGAAGUUAAAUAUGAAAAGGACUAGUAGUAAUUCCGCAAAUUAUCAGAAUGAAAGUUUAUCAAGAAAGACAUCGCCAAACAUCGAAGUAAAUAUGACCAAAAAGAAUGUGUUAGUGAAGGUGCAUUGCGAAGCCGGGAAAGGUGUACUCGCAAAGAUACUCGAAGAAAUAGAAAAACUACAUCUUGUUCUCUCUGCAGUUAGCACAAUGCCAUUCACUGCAUCAUGUAUUUGUGUUACUAUCACAGCGAAGUUUGAAGAAGGGUAUUCAAUGAAUGUGAAUGAACUUAUGAAGAAGUUGAGCUCAUCAUUCAUCAAUUUCUUGUAA